AUGCGACCUUCCUCUUCCUCUUCCGCUGCCGGUUCAUACACGGCCCAUGGCUCUGCUCGGCAGCACAUUUCCGCAGCCUGCCUCAAGUGCAAGGCUCGCAAGUCCAAGUGUUCCGGCGAUUACCCUUGUCGCGCCUGUAGCCGGUCCGGCCUCGAGUGCGUCUACGACGUAACUCUCGACAAACGACGCAAGAUCCACCUAGAACGAGCGCACACCGAGUCUGCCCUUCAGAAGGAGCUGCUGACCCGCCUCUUUGACCUCGUACGCGGCAGUGAUCGCGACCUUCGAAACAAGCUGAAGGAUGACAUACAUAUUCAAAACCUCUCUCGGCGACUGGGCUUCAGGGCACUAACAGACACUGGUGACCGCGUGGAUCAGCACGAAGAGAUCCGUUCCUGGCCUUCAUCUCAGUCGUGGGAGGCCAGUCCAGAAGCAAGCGUUGAUUUGAUACAAAGCGAAGAAUUGAUCCGACGGCAUCGUCUGUCGCCGUUGGAAUAUGAAAGGACAACAGCCGAUAGAAAUCUCCCGACAAUCAUGGGAUUUGAAGGAAAUGCGAGUAUGGGACAGCUUGAUCUCGCUGCAUUGUCAAGGGAGAGCACACCGAGUCAAAUUGACUUUGACCCUCGGGAUCAAUACCGGAUCUUCUGCUCCAAGCACCACGACAUUCCUGCUUUCAAAUCAAUAGCCAUCUUUGGACAGCCGUCAGCUAACCUCGCCCAACAGCUUCAUCUUGAUCCUGCCCACCUACACUUGGAUCUCCAUGUUCCCGAAUACUUGAUACAGCCAGCUUUGUUUGAAGAGGAACGAUGUCCCCUUGCGGCCGUGUACACCGAUUUUCGAGAUUAUGGACGCCGACGAUUAGCAGAAGGCCACUCUGCUGAAGUGGUGUUAGGCAGUCCUCGAGUUGAGUUGGCCGUGUUCUUCGGUGGCCGCAAAUCUGAAGACCCUCACACACCAAACACAUGGGCUUGCCAGUACAUGCGUCUCCUCAGGGACAUGGACAUUUACGUGUCCCUUGCAUGUGUCUUCACAUAUUCGCGGUUUAUGCGGUGGGCUAUUGCGCCGUCCGAAGAAACAUAUGCCUUACUCCCAGAGGCAAUGAGGCCAACACCGCUUCAGAGACUAAUCCCUCAUCAUCCAGGAGUCGACUUGCCCAUUUUUCCAGAAAUGCGUGAUGGACUCAUCCACGAUAUGCGUGAUUAUAUUGUCGCCCUUCAGACGUUCGGAUGCAGUGUUAAUUGGCCAUAUGGCUUGGAGGGCGCGAUCGAGGUUCGUCAAGGUACUGGUCUCAUGACUGUAACGGAUGCGUUUGCUGCCCAUGUUAGCAACCUGCACAACUGGUCCAUCAGCGAAAAGUUUGCAGGCAUCUUUCCAGAACUGCGAGGCUUUUACCGCGUAGAGAAACUGGAUACGAUCCCAGUUUCAGAGGUUCAGGUCGACGCGUUCUUCAGACAGCACGGGAUUGAGCACCUCUUGACCCCCUUCUCAGUAGUCUAA